UUGACAUGAUGAUUCAUAACAGUAGCAAAAUUACAGUUAUGAAGUAGCAAUCAAAAUAAUGUUAUGGUUGGGGGUCUCCACAACAUGAGGAACUGUACUAAGGGGUCGCGGCAUUAGGAAGGUUGAGAAACACUGACCUACAACAAACCAGUUCUCUAAAGGCUUGGUCUCAAAGCCACAUUUUCACUCUCUUUCAGAAGAUCAGGAAGGAGGGGGCUGAUCUAAUAUCCCUGGGGUGGGAGUUUCACAACCAAGGAGCCACCACUGAGAAUACCCUAUCUCUUGGCCCAACCAAUCCUGCAUGGCGGUGGUUGGACUAGAUGGCCCAUGUGGUCUUUUCCAACUCUAUGAUUCUAUGAAACGCUGUGUGCAGCCUCGCCUUGGUAUUUAUGGCCCUAAAGCGAAACCAAAGCAAUAAAGAGGGACGAGUCCCAUCGAUCCAAGUGACGUCCUCCCUGCAGAAAUAUGUAUCUUAUCUCCCACUUGGCUGCCGUUUUGCAACUCGGGCAUCCAGUCACCAGCUGGUUUUAUGGCCUAGACUUUGCCCUUUUGCUUUGGCUCCAUUGCAUUCCUUUGGCGCUUUAAAGGCUGGAAGGACAGGCUUUCAAUCAGGUGCUCUUCCGGUGCUUCUCUCUUUUCAUCUUCACCAAAACUUUCCAAAAGUCUGGAAUGCGGUCCUGCGGCUGGACCUUGCCGGCCAUGACCUUGGUCCAUUUUGCUGGCUUUGUCUUUGGCGAGGGGUCCAGCAGAGCCUACUAUUUGGGGAUCCAUGAAGUGGAGUGGAACUACGCGCCGCUCGGGAAGAAUGGCGUCACCGGGCAAAGCAUUGCAGACGACGACGCAGCCUCCCUGUUCCUUCAGCCCUCAAGGGACAGAAUCGGCAGCGUCUACAGGAAAUCCAUCUAUCGGCAGUAUUCAGACGCCACUUACACAUCCGAGGUGCCCAAGCCACCCUGGCUGGGCUUCCUUGGCCCCAUCAUCCGGGCCGAAGUCGGGGACACCAUCUCCGUCCAUCUGAAAAACUUUGCCAAACGACCGUUCUCCAUCCACCCGCACGGUGUCUUCUACAAGAAGGACUCGGAAGGGUCCCUGUACCCAGAUGUGUCUUCAUGGGACCUCAAGGCAGACGAUGCCGUGCCACCGGGAGGGAGCUACACCUACAUCUGGACCGUCCCCGAGGACCACGGGCCCACCGCCCACGACCCCUCCUGCCUGACCUGGAUCUAUCACUCCCAUGUCAAUGCUCCCCGAGACAUUGCCUCCGGGCUAAUCGGGCCGCUUCUUAUCUGCAGGGAAGGGACCCUGAAGAGCCGCUCCCAAAGGCGCCACGAUGCCGACCUCGACUUCUUCCUGAUGUUCAGUGUGGUCGACGAGAACGAAAGCUGGCAUUUGCAUGAGAACAUUGCCUCCUUCUGUGGAGAACCAGACUCAGUGGAUGAGGAGGACGAGGCCUUCAAAGAGAGCAACAGGAUGCAUGCUAUCAACGGUUUUGUCUUUGGGAGCCUCCCGGAGCUGUCCAUGUGUGCCGGAGACCACGUCUCGUGGCACCUCUUUGGGAUGGGCAGCGAGAGGGACGUCCACACCGCCUUCUUCCAUGGACAGACCCUGCUGCUUCGAGGCCACAGGACCGACGUGGUCAGCCUCUUCCCGGCCACCUUUGUAGCGGCAGAAAUGACCCCCCGCAACACAGGGAAGUGGCUGCUGAGCUGCGAGGUCCAAGACCACUUGCAAGCCGGGAUGGAAGCCCUCUACGAAGUCAAGAACUGCUCCUAUCAAAAGGCAGAGCCGCCAUUGGAAGGAAAGCUUCGGAAAUAUUACAUUGCGGCCAAGGAGGUGCAGUGGAACUACGCACCUUCGGGAUUAGACCAAAGCACCGGGAAAAGCCUCCAGGAGCCAAACAGCUUCUCUGAGCGUUACUUCAAGCCGAGUUCCUCUCGGAGCAAAGGAACAUAUUGGAAAGCCAAGUACAUUGAAUAUACAGAUGAAACAUUCCGAAAGGAAAAGGAGCGAAAGCAAGACGAGAGGCACCUUGGGAUACUUGGACCAGUGAUCAAGGCGGAAGUGGGAGACACUAUCCAGGUGACCUUUGCCAACAAGGCUUCUUGGCCCUUCAGCAUCCAGCCCCACGGAGUGUUUUACGGAAAGGAAUGGGAAGGCACUCCAUAUGAUGACGGAUUGUCCCAUAAAGGCACUGAGGUGAGGCCCAUGAGGAACUUCACCUAUCGGUGGACGGUGCCACAACACGUAGGACCCACUCACACAGACCCCUCUUGCCUUACCUGGAUGUACUCCUCUGCGGCGGACCCCACCAGAGACACCAACUCCGGUUUGGUGGGGCCCUUGCUGGUCUGCAGACCGGGGACUCUUGAUGAAAGGAACCAUCAGAAAGGCAUUGAUAAGGAAUUGUAUCUCUUAUUUGGGGUGUUUGAUGAAAACCUCAGCUGGUAUCGGGAUGCGAAUCUGAAAACUCUGAAUCAUUUCUCAAUGCAUGAGGAUGAAGUCUUCAAGGAGUCCAACAGGAUGCAUGCCAUAAAUGGGUUUGUGUACAGCAACCUGCCCCUCCUUGAGGUUUGCAAAGGAGAGACCAUUUCCUUGCAUCUUUUGGGCUUCGGAGGAGAAGCGGGCAUCCAUGGCAUUGCCUUCCAGGGAAACACAAUCCUGAUGAAUGGGAUGCGACGAGACACCACCAGCCUCUUUCCUCACACUUUUGCCACUGCCCUCAUGCAACCGGAUGAAGAAGGGACUUUUGAGGUAUACUGUCAGACUAGCAACCACUAUCAGUCUGGGAUGAAGGGUCGUUACUCUGUCUGCAAAUGUGGGAAGGAGAUGCCUUUUGGUGACCAAGUUUAUGAGAAAGUGAGGACCUUCUACAUCAUGGCGGAAGAGGUGGAGUGGGACUAUGCUCCAGACCGCAGCUGGGAGCUGGAGAGACACAACAGAUCUGCAGGAGAAAGGUACGGCGAGGUGUUUCUGAGCCACGGAAAUGGUCUGCUGGGCUCCAAAUACAAGAAAGCCGUUUACAGAGAAUACACCGAUGGGACAUUUCAGACCCAGAAGGAGAGGCGCAAUGGAGAGGAACACCUUGGGAUUCUGGGUCCUUUCCUUUGGGCCGAAGUGGGAGACGUCCUCAACAUCGUGUUCCGGAAUAACGCAACCCGGCCAUACUCCAUCCAUGCCCAUGGCCUUUUGGAAAAGACCGGUGCGGACCCGGAAGCUGCAAAGCCAGGUGAAAUUGUAACAUACCAGUGGGAUGUCCCUGCAAGAUCUGGUCCAGGACCAAACGAUUCCGCCUGUGUCUCUUGGAUUUACUACUCCAGAGUGGACCCUGUGAAGGACCUGUUCAGUGGCCUCAUUGGGCCCCUGAAGGUCUGCCGUAAAGGGACCCUGGACUCGGAUGGGAGAAGGAGAGGAGUCAGCAAGGAGUUUGCCCUCCUCUUCUUGGUCUUCGAUGAAAACCAGUCCUGGUACCUGGAGGAGAACAUGAAGAAUUAUGGCCAAGGAGAGCAGAACCGUUCCCGAGCGGACGAAGAGGAAUUUGCAGAAAGCAACAAAAUGCAUGCCAUCAAUGGGAAGCUGUAUGCAAACUUGCCUGGACUAACCAUGUACGCUGGCGACUGGGUGAACUGGUACCUGCUGGGAAUGGGCCAGGAGAUCGACGUGCACACUGUCCAUUUCCAUGCGGAGACCUUCCUUUACCGGAAUGGCCAGAUUCACAGGGCGGAUGUGGUGGACCUCUUCCCGGGGACUUUGGAAAUGGUGGAGAUGCUGGCCAGCAAUCCUGGGACGUGGCUCCUCCAUUGCCAUGUGGCUGACCACAUCCAUGCUGGCAUGGAGACCUUGUUCACUGUCUUGCCCAGGCCAGACCCCAGGCGCUUGAAUGUCAGUUCCGUGGCAGCGAGGCCUCCUGAAGAUGGAGAUGACCCUGACCACGUCGUGUUGUUUGGCUCCAAACUGGCACAUGGGAAGGUCGAGGCCACCAUUAUCCUUUUGGCGGUGGCCGGAAUAGCCCUCUUCCUCAUUGCCGUUGUCCUCCUGGGCAUCAUCAUCCACCGCGAAAGGCAAAGGAGGCUACGACGCAACCGGAGGUCCAUCCUGGACGAGGGAUUCAAGCUGGUGGCUGCAAAAACCCCUGAGAUCUGAGUCUUCAGCCCAGAAGAGUUGCCUCAAACACACAUUUUGCAGUCAGAACAAUCACGUUUGUGCAAGAAACUGUUGGCGCAGGGUUAAAGUAAACACACAUGCUAGGUAGAUACAUGAAUCAAUCUUCUCACGUUACCCUCCAGCUGUGUAUGAGACUGAAUACCUCUCAAGGGAAGCAGGUAGCAUUCGAUCCAAAACAUCACAGAGUCCUUAUCACAGUUAGCAGAGAUUUAUAGUCCAACCUCUGACGUUGCUUUCCGGUAGGCUGUUAGGAA